AUGGAUCUAAAUAAAUAUUGGAUGCGAUUCAGGUUCUAUAGUAGUGAUGAUACACAGCCAGAUUUCAAUUGCGACAAUUCUGAAUUAGACUCUGACUGCGACAAUUCUGAAGCGGAACUUGAAAGCGACAGCCUAGAACCAGGACCUGAAAACUCGUCAUCAAAACCCGACCGGGAAGCAGUGCGUUGGGUGCCAGGCAGAAUCCCACUUGAAGAAGUUCCUCCAGACCCAGAGUGUGGCACCCGCGUCGCUGCAAGAUUAACUUGGGUCCACGAGCCCGACACUCGAUCUGUCCCUGAGACCGAGUUCGUGUCCAACGUCCGGUACAAAAUGAGCCAACAUCGUCACCGAAAGGACGACCGCCUGCCUGGUGCUUCUAAGCCGCAGUAG